AUGCCAUGCCGUCCACCUCAUCAGCGUCUCUCGUGUCGCCCCAACAAAAGUCGGACAAAUCACUACGCACACCGACGGGCCAGUCAACGCAGCGACAGCGACAGCGACAGCGGCACAAGCAAGCAAGCACCGGGGAGGGGCAAGCAGAGUGAAAGCAAUAAAACAACUCGGGAGAAAAAAGAAGUCACCUCUGCUUCCGGCCGCCUUGAUGAGUUGGCAUGCAUAGCCUUUGGUCCUGUUGUUUUACAUGCUCCAGUACACCAACAGAGAGAGGCCCAUUUUCGACUACCUCACGGCUUGCCCGCCGCUCGAGACACUGCCGUACAGCGCAGCGCCCCCCUGCUCACCCGCCGUCCAAUCUGCAUCGUCCACGAAAGCGGGCACGCCAUGCCAACGCAUCACAGGGCCCCAAUCGGCCACCCCUUGACCAACCCAGCGAGCUUCAACCAGCAUCAACCCACACCGUCUGCUACACCACAUCCUUCUCCAAUCUCCAUCAACAAUUCCCGUUUCCAGGGGGCCAAUCGUCGACUACCAGACUGA